CAUCCCCUUGGAAAAGCUACUCCUGACAUUUGCUGUGGUACCUGCACCUGAACCUAACAGGCAGGUGCAAGGUGUAAAGCAAUGAUGAGGGCACUUACAAAGUCAAUCAUAACAAAGUCAUCAUGGGUGUUCCCUGUGCUGCUGCCACUGGAGCCCUCUGAGUGUAAGCUGCCUUGCAGAGGAGAUUCAGUUUCUGGGGAGUCAGGAGGAUUAACCUGCCCAAGAAAACAAACAGCAAGAUGCCAGCCAGCUGGCCCGCAGCAGCUUGUCCAACAUGAUGUAUUUAAGGAACGUGCUGCUCAUCACAGGAAUGCUGGCGGUCUAAGGACACAUCAGCUUAAGCUGCCAGCACCCUGCUUGCAUGAUGCAACGAACUGCAAGAGCCCUCCCCUUUAUGGCUUGGCACAGCCCAGAGAAACUACAGCAACCAGCAUGCCAUGCUCCAGCACAGCCACAGCAGUUUGCAGGGACCUGUAAGCCAAGCACACAACAGGUGCACAGCACUACCUAUGACGGCUCAGCCUUACAGCAUGCUCUGAGUACCUGGGAAAGUACCAUGCAGGACUGUUUGACACUCACAUACAUGAACAAAGUAUGAGCAAAAGCAUCUGGUACACAGCAAGCAUUAUUAUUGCUCCUGGGGAAAGCAUACACAGGCUGUUUCCACCACCUCCCCUCUCUGAGAUUUAACUUGGGAGACAUGCCUGCUAAGGCUGGAAAGUCAUCAUGUUUGCUUUCAAAUGGAUAUGAACCAAUGAAAAACCACUACUUAUGGUUCCUAUUCCAGAGUGAAAUUAAAAAGACCCUAAGGAAGAAAUGAGAAGGACUACUGCAUUAAGGAAGGUUGUAGACAGCUGUCAUGCCAGCUAUACAUUCCUGGUUACCUGGCUGUACCCCCCAGACCAGGCUCCUUGUUCCUAUCCGCCUUUCAAAACAUCUUUGUUAGUAGGAGACCCAAAGCCAACCUCUGACGAUGUUCCAUGUGAAACUCCAGAAAAGCCUCAUUGAGUCUGGCAGGUAAAUAAGAAGCACAUGGAAGUUUGGGAAGCUUUUAAUAGAAUGCCUUUGAUAAACAGGCUUGAGUGCCAAGAAGCUUUCCUAGAACAUCUCCUUCGAUGACCAAGAGGCUUCACUGCAAGCAGGUAUUUUGAGCACAUUAAUAACCAACUAUAAAAAGCUCUCCAUGAAGGCAGCACUCUGUUUCAAGGCUGGGCCUACAAGUCAAACUCCAGUAUCCUGCUAUUACUUAAAAUUAAUCUCUGUUUUGCCUUCUCAAUAGGUUAGUCAGAAACCUGUGAAGGGGGAGGGAACAGUUCUCAAUUUUAAGGUAUGUUACUCUCAUUCUGCACAGAGAAGAACAGAUUCUAGCAGAAAAAAAUGUUUUAAAUAAUACAAAUAUUGUGGUGAAAUCAGAAGUUCUGGCGUUCACUUUAUGGGUAAGUUUUGGCUGAUAAAGAAGAUUUUUUUCCUGCUAAUCAGGAAAUAGAUUUGCUUCAUAACUGAGAAAUGACAUCCCAGUUUAAGAAACACCUUACUAAAGCCAGCUCCACUGGCUUAAAUGCAAAGUUAAGUAACUCUUGUUGACCAGCAGUGACACUCUGUACUUCUCUACAGUCUAAAAAUGGUGUCAGUUCAAAGGUCCAUCCUCUCAUUUUGUUUGUCAGGCCAAACCAGAAUCUGCUUUUCUGUACCACCAUUGUCACCGGCACAUCUCAGCUUCUGUGUGAACACACGCUCAGGAAAGCUGAGAUUGUAAAAUACUAUUUAAGCAAACAUGGUGAUCUCCUAUAAUCCUUCUGGAUAUCGUAAUAUAGCCUGGAUCAUCCGAAUGACUUCUUGCCACAAGGAGGGUUCCACCUUGUCAGACCACUCCUGCAGUAACGUGGAAUGCUCUAAAAAGUCAUUCGCUCAGCAAACUAAUUUUCAGCUCAGGCAGUAAUUUACCACAAUUUUUUCCCCUUAUGAUGUGCUUAGUCACCCCACUUUUGAGGCUCGUAAGUAGGCUUAGUCCAAAGUGUCCCUUUUCUACCUGUUCACUGGCAUGGAAGGUGUCUCUGUUCCCACUUAAUCGACGGGAAAUGCCUCCGACCUGCCCUAAGAGCCACAGCUCUAACAGGAAAUAAAGAUGCGAUGACUUAUAAGCUCAUCUUUCCCAGUAGACAACAAACUCAGAUGUUACAGAAAAACUAUACACUCGACUGUAAAGGUCUGAACUCCAACCAUUCCUAGCAGGCUCGGCAGCAUUUCAGUUUUAACGGACAGCUCCUGAAGAGCUUUCAGAGAGCCACGUCCUUCCUAGUUCCCACCGGGCAGUCCCCAGCCCUUGGGAAAACAGAGGCGAGCCGCUGCCGGGCACCGGCAGAGCUGCAGCAAUCCCCGACUGGAGCGAGCAGCGAAGCCAAAGCGAAGCGGAGACACGACGCCGCAGCGAAUGUCUCAAGCCCCAUGUCCCGAUGCCCUCCCGUCGAAGAGCCGCUCGCAGGCUCCCGGGGCGCCCACCCCUUGCGCGGCCCUCUCCGCCUGGGGACCCCGGGCCCGGUACCUGCACGGGGGCGGCAGUGCUGGCAGCGCGGCGGCUCAUCCCGCGCCAAGGCCUGGCUGCCCGAGGGGGACCCGCCGCCCCGCUCCCGCGCCGUGUCCCGGCGUCUCCUCAGCGGCCCGCCCGGGCACGGGAAGGAGUCCCCGCGAUCCCGGGCCCGCUACCGGUGCCUCCAAACCCCACUGGCUCCGCGGCCGCCCUAAGGCUCCGGCCAACACCCCUCCUUCUCCUUGGACCCGGGCGUGCGUGGGGCUCGCAGCCGGUGGCUCCACGGCAGUUCGUCGCAGCUGCCAGCGGCUGUGAGGGUGCGGAGACAACAGCGAGGACCGAGUUGCCACUGCCUUCAGGACCGCGGCCUGCGCCGCACCGCCGCCAUCGCCACUGCCGUUUGUUUUCAUCCGCUGCCGGCUGGGGGGGUGGUGGGAGGGAGGGAGGGAGGUGCCUGGAUGUCCGCAGCCGCACUUUCCACACGGAACCGCCGCCGCUACCCGCCCACCCGCGCCACACCGGCCGGCGCGUGGGGCAGCCUGGUCGGCGAUGA